AUGUCUUGGUGCGCGGUGGGAGUGGCCCGGAGGACCAGGAGGAGCUUUGCAGCUUCUCCAUUGCUGCAGUGCAGGAGGCUGGCGGCCGGAGAACAGACGCACGGUGACCUCCUGGAUCUGUGCCGGCGAAGGAACUUCCUGCUGGGAGGCCAGACGACUCCGCCCUCCGUUCUAGGAGGAGGUCACGGCCUGGGGCCCCUGGGAGCCCAAAUGAAAAGGAACCUGUUGCAGAAAUGGUGGGAGGCCACGGCGCUCCGCCGAGACCAGGUUCUGCCCAUUGACUCUCUGUGUCACCGGCCGGGAACGUCGGACCCCCCGUCACCGAGACCGACGAUAAGGACCGCCCCCAAGUCCUGGCUGGACCGGAACACAACCAGGGAGGAGCUGGAGAAGAUGGCCGACCUCCGCCAAGACCUCCUACACGGAGCUUUGUAUAAUUAUCUCCCGUGUUUGGAGCUUCUGAACAGGAAGCUUCCUUUUGGGAUCGCGGAGGUGGGGAGAUGCUUUCGGCCAAUCACUGAUUUUGCUCAGGUGCCGUCCAGGUUCAGCGUUGCCGACCAUCAUGACGACGCGGGGAGGAAAAUUUCCAUCAUACGCUACGACUUCCCUUGGGGGGAGGAGCCAAUCGAACGCAUCAGCAGCAUGGAUGACUCCGCCCUCACCCAGGUGCAUCAUGGGCCCAUCAACAGUCUCCAGGGUCGGGACGGCAGGAAGUCCGUUGUCCCUCACGCGGUCUGGCUGAGCAGCGAUGUAGAGCGAGGUCUGUUGGCCUAUCUGUCUGACGCCAUGCAGGUGAUGGAGAGCCCGGCGCCCCAGGACCAGCGGCGGACGGUCCUGAAGAUUCACCCGUUGCUGACCCCGGUGAAAGUGGCGGUGGACAUGGGGAGGGGCCGUGCCGCGGAGCUGCGCCUGGUCUGUACACGAUUUCAGGUCUGUGAGGGUCUCUGCGGUGAGCUGCGGGGGUGCGGGAUCUCCGUCUGGCCGGGAUACCUGGAAACAUUGCAGACCCGUAUGGAGCAGCUGUAUACCAAGUACGACGAGAUGGGCGUCCUGUUCACGGCGCUGGUCAGCGACGCCACGCUGGAGAGCGGCCUGAUUCAGCUGCGCAGCAGAGACACCACCAUCAAGGACACCAUGCACGUCUCCAAGCUGAGCGCCUUUCUGACGCAGCACAUGACCGCCGCCGACAAUCUCUGACCAAAUA